GUUCCUGGAGGACCAGAAAGUAUCGAAACAUAAACAACGAGUUCCGGUGGCUAUCUGGCCUCCUCACAUUCCAAGUGGUACCCAGGGCCGUUUUCACGGCAAUCGGCAAUCGGCAAUCGACGAGGGGCAUCCUCGCUUCUCAUCACCAAGGCAGGCGAGCUUGACAACGAAGCUAGUUUCUUUUUACAGCAGUUCAUCACGGAGGUCUGGGCUUCUACUCCGACGAGCGACAUGGAAGAUGGACACAACGCAGAAGGAAUGGAGGCACUGGCAAACACAUAUGGGCAGUUGGAGUUGGAAGAAGAUGAUGAGGUCCUCGUUGUCAAGCCUGCGGCGCAAAACUCUUCUAAAUACAACUUGGCCCUGAUCGGAACUAUUACAUCAGAAAAGUCGGCCACGCCGAGAGUUAUUGUCCUCGUAAGAGGAGGGAUUCCGAGGGAACUGGUGAAAGACCUUUCGGGCCUUGGCUUAGGGCAGCAAAAGGAACAAAGCAAUGGAAGGAGAACACAUGGCUUGUCCCAGCAGGUAAAGGAAACUCCUUGAGUAGCCAGACUAAUGGCGGAAAUAGGGAGGGUGUUAUGCGUUCAAGCGUCCUAGAAGGUGGGCCCUCUCCAAAAAAAGAGAGAGGGAACCUCGAGCAGAAGCGCAGACGGGUGGAGGAGUUAGACGGUUACCAGAUGGGGGAGGAGAUGGAGCUCGGCAAUGCAGGGGGGGGGGGGACGGAGAGGAGGCGAGCUACAAGUUUGUGGCUCGCCAGGCACAUAACUGACAGAUAGCCUGUCAAAGCACGGAGGAAUUAAUAAGGCAGGAGGCCAUGAAGACUUUUAUUAUUUUUAUGCUUUUUACGUUUCGUUGAAUCAUGUUGCUUUUAUUUCUAUUCUGAACUUUAGAGGUAGGUGGAUGCUUUGUUUUUUAUUUUUUGCUCAGGACUUUUAUGUGGGUGGAAGCGAUAAGGCUAGUUUGGCCGUUAAAAGCUUUGAAGAUCUCACAUGGUCCGCGAAUAGUCUCGCUCCUUUCGGGGUGGUCUAUUCUAUGUCUAGCCAGAGAGUGGGAGGGCCUUUUGGCUAUGCGGAGCCUCAUGAGGAGGUUUGGCGAUGUUCGGUUGGAUGUACUUGGAGAAGUUUGGUUGCUAUUAUAAUAUAAUUAGUUUCCUUUAAAAAAAAUGCAAAUGCAUUUACAUUCUUACCCUCAUUUAUUUUCUACAUCUAUUAACCUUACCAUAUCAUUUACUUACCACCCACCCCAUUUACUUACUCAUUUCCCAUUUAAUGCAUCUGCCGCCCACCCCAACCUCUUCGUAUUCCUCAUUCUUCGUUUACUCCACCCACCCACACAUCUCCAUCUCUUCGUAUACCCCCUCGACUUAUCAUAUCUCUCAUACCUUAUAUCCAUUGCAAAUCCAGGUGCUACGGACGAACUCGAAGAGAAAUGGUUGGUAGAUGCAGAGGUGGACACCAUCAUUUUUCCGAACUCCGAAUCCUUCACCUUUGAUUGAAUCCCCGAUUGGCCCGUCGUCGUCGGAUGGAACCCUGAUUAUCCAUGAUGAGCAAGACUCUUUGGUGUCUCUUGCAUAUCUGAUCGUCCCCAACUCUGAAGAUGAAUUUGAUGAAAAUGUUAUUGCAUGUUAUGUGAUUGACCCUGAGACAGUGCUCCUUGAUGCGCAUAUGCGAAAUUAUGAGCAUCGUGACAUGCAAGUACAUUUUCAUAUGUGGUUUUCCCUUGUGAUCCCUGAUUAUGUCCCUAAGAAAUAAAGGUGGUCACAUUCCCCGUACUUGUAUGCUUACCUUACUUGCUCUGAGCCUAGGAGGAUUAGGUAAAGUGUGAUUUAUGCAUGCAGUCAGAGGUCAAUGAUUGGCUUGUGAUCUGUGUUUGUGCUUCGUAUGAGUCCUCAGGUCAGUGUGUGCAUAAUGGUGAGUGUGUGAUGUUUGGAUGAGGUCAAUGAUUGGACUUUCAUAUGUGUUUGUGCUUGGUAUGAGGCCUCAAGCUAGUCUUUGCAUAUUCACCCUUGUGUGUGUGUUUUGUCUGAGGUCAAUGAUUGGACUGUGAUCAAUGUUUGUGGUUGGUAUGAGGCCUCAAACCAGUGUGUGCAUAAUGGUGAGUGUGUGAUGCCUGUAUGAGGUCAAUGAUUGGACUGUCAUUUGUGUCCGGGCUUGGUAUGAGACCUCAGGCUAGUGUGUACAUAAUGGUGUGUGGUGCUUGUGUGAGGUUAAUGAUUGGGCUAUCAUCCUUAUGUGUGAUGCUUUUCUGUUGGUUCCAGUCCUAAUGAGUCACCAGGGGAAACCAUAGGAGACCAUGGGGGAUGUGUGGAAAGCAAUGUCUUCAAUGAUAAAAUGCACGCGUAUGUUUUUUUAUUUCUGUCAUUGGUCUAUGAUGGUAAUGUGUGCUUCCUAAUUGGCUUUAUCCCUACUAAGUCACCAGGGGAAACCCUAAGAGACCAUGGGGGAUGUGUGGCAAGCAUUAGUGCAAUGUGCAACAAAGCAUUUGUUGCAUUAGUAAAAUAGAUGUUGCAUUAGUGUCAUUUGUCUAGGUAUCCAACAAAGCAUAUUUGUUGAGGCUUAUUAUUCGGGCCUACUACUAGUUAGGUGCCCAAGGCAUUACCCCAGUGCGGAGCCUGAUCAGUUAGGCCCCAUUUGAACCC